CCCCUAGGGUGAAGGCACUCACUGAUACUGAAUCUCAUCUCUCGCCAAAAGUGCCUGUUGGCCAAGUUGGCCUCCUGACUCCAGACGCAGGGGCGGAGCCUAGACCUGUGGCCAUGGGGAGGGCUUGCCUAAAGUGACCACUUACAGCCCUGAGCCUCAGCUCUUGGCCGCCUGCCUGGAAACUGGCCUCCCGGUUUCCUGUGACCUUGGGGUUUGAACAGGACAGGCCGCAGAAGGCCUAGGGCACUGUCCCCGCUUCCCAGGGCCUUCUCCGUUGUCGCCCCUCCCUUGUCGCUAAUACCCCGCCCCUUACAGGCCUGAACUUCCUGGGCCGGAAUUGCUUGGCAUCUUCCUGCCCCAAUUGAGGGUGGGGGUGCCUUCGGUCUUUGGGGGAAAUGGAGCCCAGAAGGGCGGUGCCUGGGCCACCGGGCUGGGGGCCUCGCCUGGCCGCGGGGUCGGGGACGGCCGCGGAGCUCGUGUACCAUCUAGCGGGGGCCCUGGGCACGGAGCUGCAAGAGCUGGCGCGCCGCUUCGGACCCGAGGCGGCGGCCGGGCUGGUGCCGCUCGUGGUGCGGGCGCUGGAGCUCCUGGAAAAGGCCGCCGUGGGGCCCGCCCCGGACUCGCUGCAGGUGUCCGCGCAGCAGGCGGAAGUGGAGCUGCGGCGGCUGCGGGAGGAGAACGAGCACCUCCGCAGGGAGGCGCGCGCCGGGCCGCAGGAGGAGCGCGCGCUGCUGCGGCAGCUCAAGGAAGUGACGGACAGGCAGCGGGACGAGCUCCGGGCGCACAGCCGCGACCUGCUGCAACGGAGCCAGGAAACCGAGGCGUUGCAGGAGCAGCUACAGCGCCUCCUGCUGGUGAAUGCGGAGCUGCGCCACAAGCUCGCUGCCGUGCAGGCCCAGCUGCGGGCUGCGCAGGACCGCGAGAGGGAGCGCGAGCUGCCGCGGGGAGGCGCCCGCGAGCCGGCUGAAGGGCAGAAGCAGGAGCCCGAGCGGGCGCCCCGUGAGAACUUGGUGGAUGCCCUGCAGCAGCCAGGUCGCCCGGUGGAGGCAGGGCAGUGUGGCUUCAGCCGGGAGGAGCUGGAACAGAUCCUUCAAGAGCGGAAUGAACUCAAAACCAAGGUGUUCCUGCUCAAGGAGGAGUUGGCCUACUUCCAGCGGGAGCUGCUCACAGACCACAGGGUCCCUGGGCUUCUGCUAGAAGCCAUGAAAGUGGCCGUCAGGAAGCAGCGGAAGAAAAUCAAGGCCAAGAUGUUAGGAACGCCAGAGGAGGCCGACAGCAGUGACGAUGAGGAUGGCUCAUGGCCUCUGCUCUCUGGAAACAAGGAAGAUGACACCCCACCUCCUGAGUCCAGAGCACAGAGUUUCAGGCUAGCGGGAGAAGAAGAGGUCCCCCAGCAGCCUCACCCGGCGCCUGUUGGCAGCCCUCAAGCCCCCGACUCCUGAGUCGCCCUGCUCUGUGCCCAGUGAACUCCCUGGUCUGAGGCCUUCGCCGCCCCAGAGGUCUGACGCUGGGGCCUGGGUGGGGGCGAUGUGUGACCUCAGGUGAGCACAGGCCUUCCACCUUUGCAGCCUUCCCUGGGCUUCACCUGCGGUCCUGGCCUGCAGCAGGCGUGAUGGGCGCUCAGCCUGCCUCAGCUUCCCUGACAUCUCCACACCCACGCCUCAGGGCCGCUGUGAAGCUCCUUCAUGAGUUUUGGUUUCUUCAUCCCUGAGACAGAGGACUGUCUGCCUAGUACUGCCCAGGGGUUUCUUCGGAUGACUUGCGCUAAAGUAAUAAAGCAGCCGCGCCUAGUA